CGGAGGAUUGUCAGGAUGAUUAUGAUGAGGAAUGUAAUAUGGUCCAUAGUGACAACUAUCAGACAAUCUCUAAGGUUGGACACAGAAAAUUUCGCAUGGGGUAGUGAAGGAUGUGCUCGUAAAACCAGGAUCAUUGAUGUUGUUUACAACGCCAGUAACAAUGAAUUGGUCCGUACCAAGACCUUAGUUAAGAAUUUUAUUGUUGUCAUUGAUGCGACUCCGUUCAGGCAAUAUUAUGAAAGUCAUUAUAUGCUACCUUUGGGACGCAAGAAGGGAGCUAAAUUGACUCCUGAAGAAGAAGCCGUUUUCAGUAAGAAGAUAGAAAAGAAAUAUGAAAUAAGAAAGAAGACUGCUAAAGUAGAACCAGGCAUUGAGGAACAAUUCUUAACUGGUAGAUUAUUAGCAUGUUUAGCUUCUAGACCUGGACAAUAUGGACGUGCUGAUGGAUAUAUUUUGAAAGGCAAAGAACUUGAAUUUUACAUCAAGAAAAUCAAGUCGAAAAAUCUAAUCUAUCGACGAGCUCCAUAUGACCACUUUCAAGGUUUUCUCGCAUGAAGGCAUGAUAAGCAU